AUGAAGAUGAAGAUGAAUAAUAAUAAUACUUCCAAUGACAAUGAUAAUUUCAAAAUUGAAAUUCAUCGAUCACCAUCAGACUAUAAUGAAUCCAUAGUUCCUGAUAUUGACAAUAAUUUAUCAAGUAGUAGUGGUAGUAAUAGUAGUAAUAUUAGUAAUAAUAGUAAUAAUAGUAAUAGUGAUAAUAUUGAUAAUAAUAAUUUGUCAACUUCAACAAUACCAUUACAUGUUACACUUGGAGGUAUAAAGGUCGAGGAUCCAAAUGGAAAUAUAUUACCUUUUGUUAGUUUAUGGGAGAAUAGAAGAUGUGUUGUAGUUGUAUUUAGAAGAUUCGGUUGCUUUGUUUGUCGACUACAAGCAUUGGAUGUAUCAUGUCUGAAACCUCAACUUGAUAAGUUGGGUAUUAGUCUAAUAGGUAUUGGAUUCGAUGCUGAAGGAAUGAAAGAUUUUAUCGAUGGUAACUACUUCUCUGGCGAGUUGUUCUUGGAUAGGAACAAGUCAUUGUAUAGGACUCUGAGGCUCAAGAAGAUGGGCCUGAAAGCAACGAUCAAUGGUGUUGCAAAGACUCACUUUAAGAUUUAUAGGAUAUUGAGGAAGGAGAUACCUCAUGAUUAUAAAGGUGAUGGAUGGCAACUGGGUGGAUACUAUGUAAUGGGUCCACAGCCCCAAGGAAUGCACUAUGAAGCUAGACAACGAACCUUUGCCGAUACAUUCGAUAUGAACAUGUUACUUAAGGCUUGUAAUCAACCUUAUCCAGAGAUACUGCCACCUCACUUGGUAUCAAAAUCUACAGCCACUGAUGACGAGGAGUCUAAACAUCAAACUGGUCUGGAUGAGAACAUUACACUUCCAAAGCCACUUACACUAUCGAGGAAUACUUCUCUUCACUUUGGACUACCAAUGACCUCUUCCCCUAUUGAUUCAAUUGCCAGUACUAAGACCAAUUCAAAUCAUUCAUCGCCAAAGUUGAUAUCACCAAGUCGCUUGAGUGAAUCACCAAGGUUGGCACAACAAACAAUCAUCACUCCACUCCAUUUGGACCCAGUAGCAUCAAUCAACACAGUAACGUCAACAUCCAAAGCCACUACCUUUGGUCAAAUGUCCAAACAUCAAUCAAGGCGACCAUACGGCGGCAAGCUCACAACAUUGAAGCCAGCUGCUACAGUACCAUAU